GAAAAAUAUAACUUUUUUGCAACGUAAGUUGAGCUAUUGCGCACUUUGUGUUUCCUCAUUAUGCCCAUUGGUUACUGACAUGGCCCUGUCACAAGUGUGCGCAUGUACAAGGCGCGCUUCCAGCAGUGGGAAAUUGAGAAGAAGAUAAAGGCUGAGGACGCCGUGGAGAUAUUUCGCCAGCAGACAGCUCGGGCGAAUGUAGGCAAGCCCUCUGUCGUUUACAUAAGAGGCCGCAAGAUCAGUCCGGACCGGCUUCAACGAUAUCGAUAUCGCGCAGCAGCUAUGGUCUUGGAACAGAUUCUUGUCGUAGAAAAGGGAACGAACACCUCUCGAACCACAAUGGCACCAGAAUCGUCUCAUAUUAUCUGCCGGACGCCUUCACCUACCCCUGAAGCUUCCCCGUCUCUUUCUCCGCAACUCGACGACCCCACAGAUUUCAAGGUCCCACAUGACUGUAUGAACAUCUUGAGGGGUUAUAUCACAGGCUCAGUCGAGGCUGGGGCAUGGCGGAUUACACCCACAGCUCCGGUGCCUGAUGCCUUCACUUGGGCACACUACAUUGCGACGUCGCAAGGUCUCAUUGCUCAUAAUCGAACACGAGAAGGUUUCGAUCUGCUUAACCUCUGUCUCGAGCAAUACAAAUCUCACUUAAGGAACCCUGACCCAUUCUUUUGGCUUGCAACUUAUAAGGCAGCUCUUUUGCUUGGAUCUAGGAACACACAAAUGGGUGACAUGUUCAUCAAAUAUGCUUCGGAACUCACCUCAAUCCUACUACCACCCAGCCACCCUUUCAAUCGCGUUUGGUCGCGAAUCAAGUUAACUGGCCUACAAGGUCUCCAGCAACAUGCGACAGCAUUAUUUGAAUCUUAUCUAAGUGUGUGGAAAGAACAAGUUGGUCUGUUACCUAACGAUCAGAACAGCUUAGUGCAGAUGGCGUUUGUGUUCAUCCAACUCCAAUGCAGCGGGAUGCUAUCUCACCCUUUCGGGAGGGAAGCGUUGGCAGCUAUGAUGGCGGCUCUCUCAAACUCGGUCUCUGGUCAAUUCCUGCUCCAGGAGGCGAGGUUUAGAAUGGCGUGUUUAUUCCUUGAACAGGGGAGACUUAGUGAAGCAGACACAUGGAUAGGACAAAUAUUCGAGUGGAUAGACUCGGUGCAAGACUCUAGCGGCGAUGAAUUCGACCAUCUACGGUGUAAGUGUCUUUGGAUACUAUUCGAGAUCAAGGAUCGGGAAGGGGACAUCGAUCAAGCGACGCAGAUAGGCCGUAGUCUCGUUGACUUCUGCUAUGCGGUCUAUGGGCCGACUCACUUGCAAACCAUCGACGCCAUUUCGGCGUUGGAGAGUUUUUAUACUCGCAAUAACAACCACAGCGCUGCUCAGGAAGUAGGCUCCUGGUUUAAUGAAUGUUGGGAUAUAUUCUCCGCAGCCGCGCAAAAGACACAAGGGUUUCCUCACACGAUACAGCAGCCGUGGCUGCAUCGAUGUAUCGAAUUGGAAGAAGACCAAAGAUUAAUCCAACAGGUGGUUGAUCUACUAGAACAGAGCUCUUGGUUAGAGGAAUCAUGACAUCAUCAGAAAUAUACUCAAACGGUGAUUGUCUCGGGCCUUUCUCACAUACUCGACAGGGUUUGGUCAAUGUUGAGGCUUAUUAUCGCCAUCAUUUCAAGAUAUCUACGGUGGCUUUUGCUACCAACCAUUCGUCGGCCACAACACUACCUAGCAUGGCGAUAUCUAGCCGGUAGUAACACACAACAGGUACAGAUAUAAUGUCCGUUAUUACAUUAGGUUAAGAUUAUUGAAAAAAUUCAACCGAUCGAGUUCCGAAUCACUUUCGACAAGACUACUAUGACGCAAAUGCCACCAGUCACUUGUAUACUCACUAGUACGUUCCUCCAGAAUGAGGGGCUACUCGUAGACUAAAUUCACCUUGUGAGAUAAAGAAUAAAAAGAUCUCGC